AAAAGUUUGGGAGAGAAGUCCCGUCCGUGCUGAGUGUGAGAGUGAGGGGGGCGGGGGCUGGGGAGAGUGGGGCGGCUGGGCGACUUGGUGCGUGAACGGAAGGACUUGCCCGUGGGACAGCCGCGGCCAUAGGCCCCUCUAGCCCUGCUCAGCCCCUGAAGCCCGGGGGGACACAGCCCCUCUUGCUGGGGGAUGCUGUGGGAUUCCUGGCACCCGGCAUCCGGGCCGCCCGCUAAAUCCCGUGUGCCUACCCUGUGCCCCUGGGGACCCGGAGUCCGGCUGCAGGGAAAAAGAAGCGGUGCCCAGACGCCGCAGGGUGCCUGUCGGGGAAGGGGCUGAGGCCCUAGGCCCGAGGGUAUGGAGCGGUUAGGAGAGAAAGCCAGUCGCCUACUGGAGAAGUUAAGACUCUCGGACUCCGGCAGCGCUAAGUUCGGCCGCAGAAAGGGUGAAUCUAGCCGGUCUGGGUCUGAUGGGACCCCCGGACCAGGCAAGGGGCGACUGAGUGGGUCGGGGUUACCUAGAAAAUCGGGGCCCGGUGGAGGUUCUGGGGGACCUGGGGAUGAGCCGCUGGAGCCGGCCCGGGAGCAAGGCCCCCUGGACGCUGAGCGGAACCCCCGCGGCUCCUUUGAGGCGCAGCGCUACGAGGGCUCCUUUUCCGGGGGUCCGCCUUCCACUCGGGCCUUGCCUCUACCUCAGUCACUGACCCCAGACUUUCGGCUGGAGACCACGGCCCCAGCCCUAAGCCCCCGCUCCAGUUUCGCCAGUAGCUCAGCCAGCGAUGCGAGUAAGCCCUCGAGUCCCCGAGGCAGCCUGCUGCUGGACGGGGCAGGGGCCGGCGGAGCCGGAGGUAGCCGACCCUGCAGCAAUCGUACCAGCGGCAUCAGCAUGGGCUACGACCAGCGCCACGGCAGCCCCCUGCCCGUCGGGCCAUGCCUGUUUGGCCCACCUCUGGCAGGGGCUCCGGCUGGCUAUUCCUCUGGAGGGGUGCCGUCCGCUUACCCCGAGCUCCACGCUGCCCUGGACCGACUGUGCGCUCAUCGGCCCCCGGGGUUCGGCUGCCAGGAAAGCCGCCACUCGUAUCCCCCGGCCUUGGGCAGCCCUGGGGCUCUAGCCGGGGCUGGAGUGGGAGCGACAGGGCCCCUGGAGAGACGAGGGAUGCAACCCGGACGACACUCGGUGACCGGCUAUGGGGACUGCGCUGCGGGCGCCGGAUACCAGGACGAGCUAACAGCUUUGCUGCGCCUGACGGCGGGCACAGGUGGACGUGAAGUCGGUGCCCGUGGGGAGCCCUCGGCGAUUGAACCAUCUGGUCUCGAGGAGCCUCCAGGUCCUUUCGUUCCGGAGGCCGCCCGACCCCGAAUGCGGGAGCCGGAGGCCAGAGAGGACUACUUCGGCACCUGUAUCAAGUGCAACAAAGGCAUCUAUGGGCAAAGCAACGCCUGCCAGGCCCUGGACAGCCUCUACCACACCCAGUGCUUUGUCUGCUGCUCCUGUGGGAGAACUUUGCGCUGCAAGGCUUUCUACAGCGUCAACGGCUCUGUGUACUGUGAGGAAGAUUAUCUGUUUUCAGGGUUUCAGGAGGCAGCUGAGAAGUGCUGUGUCUGUGGUCAUUUGAUUUUGGAGAAGAUCCUACAGGCAAUGGGGAAGUCCUAUCACCCAGGCUGCUUCCGAUGCAUCGUGUGCAACAAGUGCUUAGAUGGCAUCCCCUUUACUGUAGACUUCUCCAACCAGGUGUACUGUGUUACCGACUACCACAAAAAUUAUGCUCCUAAAUGUGCGGCCUGUGGCCAACCCAUCCUCCCCUCAGAGGGCUGUGAGGACAUUGUGAGGGUGAUAUCCAUGGACCGAGAUUAUCACUUUGAGUGCUAUCACUGUGAGGACUGCCGGAUGCAGCUGAGUGAUGAGGAAGGCUGCUGCUGCUUCCCUCUGGAUGGGCACUUGCUCUGCCACAGCUGUCACAUGCAGCGGCUCAGUGCUCGACAGCUCCCUGCCAACUAUAUCUGAGCUGUAGUCGCUGCUGCUGCCAUCACCACCCUCGACAAAUUCCUCUGGCCAGUGGGCCCCCCUGAGGCCAUAUGAGGCAAAGGAUGUACUUUGCAGGCCUGGCAGAAGAGUCCCUUGGGGAGGACCCCAACGGCCAGAGACCCAAAGAUCAUGACAUUCCAAAUGGAUUGUGGAGGAGGAACCUUCCAGUUACCGUUGUUGGGGUGACUGGCCUUCUUUCCACAUGUGCAACCUAUGCUGUACCAUAUACUUAGGCACACACAGGCAGGUUCCAGUAUACUCUAAAGGUCUGAUUCUAGUCUGAUCUCCAGUGUACAUCUGUGCAUAAAUCAUGCAGUGUUCUGGUUCUGGAUUAUAGGAAGAACGGACAUCAUGGGAGCUCCUGACUGUUUUGUGCCCCACACAUGGGGUCAGACGUGGGAUCAGCCAAGUUCUUACCACACCACAGUAUCUUAUUUCUGUAUCUACAUGAAGAGGUGGGCCUUGUUAAUGAGUUACUUCUUGGCCACCUUCUCUCCAAGGAUUAAGCUGCUCACCUCUCUGUUGGGAGUGGAGACCAGCUCCAGGUGGGCCUGCUGCCUGUGUUGCCUGUUUCUCAGGGACUCACGUGGGCCUGGGGUGCCUGUUCUUGGUUCCUCUUCUCAGCUGGGGGAGGAGGUAAUGAGUGGGUCUCUGGGUGUGAGGUUGCUGGGGGAGAUGUUUAGGAAGCUUCAGGCUAUCCACGCUCCCUAGGUGUAAGUGCACUGAGCCCUUCCCCCCAGUAUGUGCACCCAUUGGCAUAUUCUCCCACACACCUACUCACUUCCCUUCUUCUCAGGUCACUCUUACACUUGGUUGCCUAGCAGUAACUCACUACUCCAGAGCUGCCACCUUUCAGAAGGAUCCAGGAUUAUAUCUAUUGCAAUUCCCGAACUCGGAGGUUCUGGGGAGCCAGAGGGCCAAAACACUUUGACUUGGUUCUAGUCAGUUUGGCUGAAAUUGGUUCACCUAAAGCUAGAUCUCUUAAAAUCAAUUCAUUGAAAACCUGUGUUUAAAUUUUCAACCACUUUUGCCAAAAGUUCAAAUCCCAUUUGGGUUGUUUGUUUAGCCUUUUAGGUGUUCUAUUCUUUUUUGUCAUGCUUUGAGUAUUUCAAAGGUUUAUAUCUCUUCAUCCAAGAGUACUGAAUUAUCAGCAACAUCAAUUUAUCAAAUUUGCAGCAAUAUGUAAAUGAUGAAAUUGCUUCCUGCUACCUUUAUGGGUAUCUGUCGCUAUGUUACCUACUUUUCAAACACUUUUUUAAAACUUCAAAUUUCUAGUAAUAAAUAUAAUUGGUACAAACAUUUUGUGUAUCAUUUUUUGUGUUUCUUAACCCAAUAUUCCUUUACAAAUUAGAUGCCUUGAAAAAUGUAACAACAAAGCUCAAUAUGAUUUUAUGCUUUGGUCUAACUUCCAUAUCCAUGCUGUUAAAAUGCCAAUAUAUUCUAAACGAAUGAACAGGCACGUGGCAUAUGCAGUUGACUAACAAUUCAAGGUUAUAAGACAACAGUAAUAUAAAGUGGAGGGGUGAAUCUGCUAAAUCCUUUUGAGAAUGCUGCAGAUUUGAUAAAUAUUUUAGACUGUCUUUAGAUAAAUUGGUUUUAGGCAAAUUAAUCUCACAAUUUUGAAUCUUUAGUCUUCAUUCUUGAUCACUUAGAAUGUCAUAACGUAAAUAAUGACUCCUGAGAAUAGAAAUUCCACAUUUAAGCCCUGGCUGGGUGGCUCAAUUGGUUAGAGCAUCAUCCUGAUAAACCAAGCAUGUGCAUUCAAUCCCCAGUCAGGGCACAUACUACAGGCAAGCUGUGAAUGCAUAAAUAUAUGCAACAACAAAACCCGUGUUUCUCUCUAAAAUAAAAUUAAAAAUUACACAUUUAGCGGUUAUUCUAAGAGGACCAUGCCAGCCAUCCUGGGAAUUGCACAGAAGAGUCCUCAAUGAGAAAGUGAGUGAGUAGGAGUUCAGAUUCAUACCAGAGGGGCAAAUGCACUUCAGAGGAAUAAAUGUGCUGACACUAGACUACUCGUUCUACAGCUGGAGUUACUUGUAACUAUUAUUAUUAGAUUCUGUGACUGGGAAAUUUUCUCAGCAGGGUGCUCCAGGCCUGGGAGAUCCACAGAAGCAUGUGUAACUAUAUCCAUCCCUUCAGUAUUUUCUUUACUCUUGGGGUCUUGUCUACUCUGUCAUUCUGACCCUUUGUUUCUUAGUCUGAUUUUGACCUCCAUCUGCUGCUGGACUGGCUGAUUCUUUUCUAUGCUCACCAACACUGUUCUUACCACUGUGGCUACUUUCUUUCCUGAGGAAAAACAGUGCUAACAUCUGAUGAGGACAGACAGACUCAGGGAAGGCAAGCCAUGUCAGAAUCACAGCCCCAGCUACCCCCACCACUGACAGCUCUUCUUCCUACUCACUGGGAGAUAGCUCAUCCUUAAUAGUUGUAUUUAAUGUUUACAGUUGAUAGUGAAAAAUUAAUAGGGUGUUGCCAAGGAUACAGCAACAGGUAGAUCAUGUUUGGCAACUCUCCACCAGAUUGCCAUCAACACCCACUAGGCCUAAGAUGGGGUAGGGGAGAAAAUGGAAGAAUUAUGGAUUUGUUUUGUGUCUUUUUUAGGCUAGAGUCACAGGACAGGGAUCAGGCUUUUAUAGAUGACUUUGGCUUUUUGCUCUGACUAGUCCCAUUUGUCACAGCCCGAAAUGUGGUUUAUCAAGAACAAGGCUGGGCCCUGGCCAGGUGGCUCAGUUGACUGGAGCAUUGUCCGGUACACCAAAGGUUGUGGGUCUGAUUCCAGGUCAGAGCACAUACCUAGGUUGCAGGUUGGAUCACUAGUGGAGGUGCAUAUGGGAAGCAACCAAUCAAUGUUUCUUCUCUCUUCUCUCUCUCAGACCUCUGAAUAAUAAACAUAUCCUCAAGUGGGGAUUUUUUUUAAAGUUCCUUAAAAAAUAAGGCUGGUGGUGGCUCUCUGCCUUACUCCUUAGAGAUGUUUCCCCUUUCCCUACCCGGAGCUCUCAAAGUCAGGAAAUGGUGAGACUCCAUUCAUAAUCCGGCUGGAGAUUGUCCUCAGCCAUGGGGGAGGACAGUGUUUUUCUAUUUUGUUUGUUCAUUUAUUUUGUACUUUAGAUUCCAUGUAUAAGUGAAAUCAUAUGGUGUUUGUCUUUCUCUAUCGGACUUAUUUCUAGGGAAAGAGCUAAUUCCAGGCACAUAAAGCCAGUUGGAAGAGGUCCUUGAGAUUGUACCUUUUUUUACAGAAGGGAAUAAAAAGAGGAAGGAGACAAUAGAACUGAAAUAAAAGCAUUCAGAAAAGCGA